UUCUCAACUACGUUAUGUUUCGAAAUAACAGCUUGUAUUGCGGGUAUUGUUGGUUUCCAUCCUGUCCUUUUCAUCCAUUUACCAUAAGAUAUAUCUUUUUACAAAAUAUAGCAGGGUAAACCUACCGUUUCUUUCUGCACAUACACACUCCACACUGUAGAUGUCUCCAGAAUCCAUAGAUAAUAUUUUUUACAGCUCCGCGGAUAAACCAUAGAAGAAAAAUAACCAGGAAAUGUUACACUUCAUGAGGAAUCACCACUGUUUUCCUGGGAGAAGCUGAUGGAGCUGCCAGCAGCAAACAGAAUGGAAAAGGUGAUCAGCUGUUUCAAGAAGAGCCCAGAUGCUGUGGCCAGGCUGAUAUGUUUCCCCUGGGCAGGUGGAGGCUCCAUACACUAUGCACGCUGGGGAAACGUCCUCAACAGCUCCAUUGAAGUGUUUGCUGUCAAGCUCCCGGGCAGAGAGAGUCGAGCCAAAGAACCCUUCUUUCAGAACAUGCAGCAGAUUGUGGACGAGGUUGUUGGUGUGUUGUUACCGGUGCUGAAAGAGAAGCCGUUUGCUCUGUUUGGACACAGUUUUGGUGCCUUCACUAGUUUCGCCGUGGCAGAUGCUCUGAAGAGACUGCACAACCUUGAACCAGUUCACAUCUUCCUGUCAGGUGCCUCUGCACCGUAUUCAGAGACACGUAUUAAAACCCCAAAGAGAAGCGAGCUGUCCGAUGACGAUUUCCUCAAGUGGUUGAUUUCCAUCGGAGGAACUCCUCCUGAGCUGCUGGCAAAUCCUGAAGUCCUGAAGUUGUUCCUACCGGCCCUGAAGGCCGACCUACACAUCGUAGAGAACUACAGUUGCAACAAGCCGGAGGGUCCGCUGCUCUCCUGCCCCGUCACAUGUUUUGAUGGAAAGGAGGACAUUCCUCACGACUUACAAGCUUGGAAGAGCAUCACAUCUGGAGAUUUCACCGUCAGGAUGCUCGAUGGAUCUCACUUUUACCUGAAAGAGUCUGGAAAUGAAAAAACGAUAUUAGACUACAUCACAAAGCAGGUGGAAACAUCAGAAAUGGCCUAUUUAUAAAGAUUUUUUUAUUUUUUUUAUUAAUUCAUUGUGAUGGAAAUCAAAUGUGCAUACAUUCCAGAAGUGUAACAUUGUGUAGCAAAUUUUGAUAUUAAAAAGUAAUUCAUUUCAGUUUGAUUGUUGAUAUAUCAAUGAUAUGGCAGCAACCAAGAAUUAUUAAAUCAAUGAUUAACCUGGUGGUUAUUUUAAAGAAAUUAAUAGGUUAGUUUGUGAAAUAGAAAAUAGUCAGAAGAUAAAGAAAAAUCACCAUAAGUUCCAAAUGCUGAAUGUGACACCUCUUUUGAACAUUCACUUUUUUAAUGACCUUACCUUAAGGUGUUGGGUACACCUCACACAUUAAUUAACAUCAGUUUGAUGUAUGUGUGCCACAUUCACCUAAAAUACUCUUUUUAAUCUGCAGUAAUAAUAUAUAAGUACAUUUGAAAAUAAAAUCAAAGCAGCCCCUGUUUGACACAUGAAUUCAUAAAUAAUUAUU